ACCGCCGCUGGCUGAUCUCUGAACACUUUGCCAACCUCCAGACUUGGCCCUGUCCGCUGCUCUGCUCACGCUGAGUCGAGCUGCGUUUUUUCUUUCGGGUCUGCACUUUAUUUGGAAACUUGUUUUCAACCUAACUGUUCUUGAGAAGGGCACCGAGCUGGGAAAAUGAUGGCUCCGGAACCGCUGCGUUCAGCUAUGAGUAUCCGAUGCGUGGAGGACACUUCGCUCGCGGUGCCUUCCGACACCAAGCUGCACUCAGGACAGCGGCGCGUGCUGGAUCAAGUGCACACCAUCAAGAGAAGCAAGUCAAAACCUGGGAAGAGCGGCACAUUGUCCCCCCCAGCUCUAAGCCCAUUACCGCAGAAUAUGUCAACAUGUGAGUUUGGAACCUUCAAGUUUUCUCCGUCCAAAGCGAAUGGGUUCUUCGGUCGCGCCAACUCCAGUCAGUCAACAGGCUACACCAAAGUGGGACAUACUACGAAGAGCCGCACUCUAUCUGCUAAAACCUCCAAAGGACAACAUUACAGCUCAAGUGGAUGGGAACAGAAUAACUUUGCCACCCUGUCCCCCAAUGGGCUGAGAUCCGCUCGCAGUGACCCGGCCUUGGCUCGAACAUUGGGUGCUGCUCAUACAGGCGGAACUGUUAUGAGAGCCAAAGGGCAGGCGGUCCAGAACAACAUCAUGCAGAAUCGAGUCAAUAGACAAAGCGCCUACUCUACGACCAGUAACCACCAGAUGAACAGUAACCCCCAGACGACCAGUAACUACCAGACGACCAGUAACCACCAGAUGAACAGUAACCCCCAGAUGAACGGUAACUACCAGACGACCAGUAACCACCAGAUGAACAGUAACUACCAGACAAACAGUAACCCCCAGAUGAACAGUAACCACCAGAUGACCAACAGCCAGACACACAUCGUCCAGCAGCCCUCCAUGCACUCUAUGACUGACGGCAAGAUGGGAACCAUCAAAAGGUCCAACAUAGAGCAGAUAUCAGCGGUGAACAGCUCGGUGAACAUGUCAGAUAUGACCCUGAAGCAGGCAAUUGAGUUCCUGUCUCAGUCAGAUGAGAAUUACCAGCAAUGUGGAGCCACCUUCAUUCAACACACCACCUACAAAGAGGAGAGCACCAAACAGGAGGUUUUCAAAAUGGGAGGUAUCCCGGCUCUUGUGACCCUGCUGCGGAGCGCCAACCCUGGGGUGAGCCAGGCUGCUGCUGGCGCUCUGAGGAACCUGGUGUUCAAAGACCAGGCCAACAAGCUGCAGGUUCAGCACUGUGGCGGGAUCGCUAAGGCCCUGCAGCUACUGAAGGAGUCAGACUCUACUGAGACCCAGAAACAAAUAGCUGGACUGCUCUGGAACCUGUCCUCUGCCGACGAGCUGAAGGAAGAGCUGAUUGCUACAGCGCUGCCCGCCCUGACGGAGAACGUGGUGGAACCUUUCACCUGCUGGUCAGAAAAAAGCACCAACAACAAUAUCCACCCUGAUGUCUUCUACAGCGCCACAGGGUGCCUGCGGAACCUGAGCUCCGGCAGAAAGAAGGACAGAAAGGCAAUGAGAGAUUGCAGCGGCCUAAUCAACUCCCUCAUGAGUUACAUCCAGUCCUGUGUGGCGGAGGACAACCCUGAUGACAAGUCUGUGGAGAACUGUGCAUGCAUCCUCCAUAACUUGAGCUACCAGCUGGAGGAAGAGUCCCCUGGGUGCUACAGCAAGUUCCAACCUGCGGGGAGGAAAAGCUCCACGGUUGGAUGCUUCAGCCCCAAGAGCAGCAAGGCCCAAAAGGAGAUUUCACUUGACGCGGUACGGGGGAUGCCGGAGGAGAGCACCCCGACAGGUGUGAACUGGUUGUGCCACCCCAAAGCCAUGCAGACCUAUAUGUCUCUGCUGGGCUCGUCCCAGAAAGAUGGCACCCUGGAAGCCUGCUGCGGGGCCCUGCAGAACCUCACUGCCUUAAAGGGAGCGGGGUCCAGUUCCAUGAGUCAGUUAAUGGUUCAAAAGCUGGGGGCUCUCAUGCACCUUCGACCCCUUUUAAAAUCUUCCAACCCGGGCCUGCAGAAGACUGCCAUGUCUCUGCUGGGUAACAUGUCUCGGACCAGCAGUUUGCAGACCUCCAUGGCAAAGCAGAUCCUGCCUGACAUCACCAGCCUCCUCUCCUCUAGCCCCAAAGAGAUGGGAAACUCCGACGACACCAUAACAUCAGCUUGCAACACAGCACGCAAUCUGAUGUUUGCGGACAGUGAGGUCAGCAAGAAAUUCGUCGAUAAUGAUCUGGUGUCAGCCAUGACCGAGCUCAGCAAGAACACGUCUUUCCCAAAAGGCAGCAGAUCCGCUUCAAUGUUGCUCUACACCUUAUGGAGCGAUAAGAAUUUGCAAGGUGUCGUGAGAAAGCUGGGGCUGGACAAAUCAAUGUUUGUCAAUGACUACACCACUUCAGUGCACAAGUCCAUGCAGCUCUCUGAGUGAGAGUGACAGAAGAGCAGAACAGCACCACAGAGCUCGAGAGGUUUGAUUGCUUCGAAGUACUUGCACCUGCAUGUAUUCAGAUUUAAAGGGUUUGUCGGCCGAAAUGAGCUGAAUUUGUGUCAUGAGGUUUAAAAUUCUCUGCUCCUCUUUUCCUGUAUUUAGUGUGUGUGUGUGCUCGCAGAUGAAAUGCAGCAUGUUUAGAUGCUGUGUGGCCACACCCUUGUAACAAGGAAAUUAAAUUACAUUAAUCAUGUAACAACCUUGUUGAAAGAGCCUUUCAAUUAAGAGUCAAUCAUACUUUGUACACACAGCUUAAAGAAACAGUUUUUAAUUUCCUGGAUAAUUGGUGUGUUGCGUAUUUAAUUUGCAUAUAUUUCUGUCUGUGUAAAUAAAGGGUGAGUGUGUGAUUGGUAGGUGAAGAGUGCAUGGCUGCAGAAACCCAGUUCCUCUGGCUGAGGGCUGCAGUACACCAGACAAUGUUAUCUGCAGUGAGAGUUUCUAAAGCCAUGCAGAGAUUAGCUGGAUUCAUGAAUGCCAUUGUUGUCCGUCUGUAGUUAAAAUGUUCUUAUCCUUAUCUUUUGCUGACUCAAGGACUGAGCAGCCGAAAAAUAGAAAGUAAUAAGAAGAAUAUACGAAAAGCUGAAUUGAAAAAUACUUUCUGUAUUUGGAUACUGUUGCACCCCCAAAUCAAAUCUUGUACAUUCAACUUAAUGUUUUUGUUAAAUUGUUUCUGUUUCAUUAUUUUUUUUAACAAAAACAAAAUGGAAACAGCUUUCAACUAAAGUGCCUGAAAAAUGUAAGGAAUAGUUUCCUUUUUUUUAGAAAUGUUCUUCUCACCAAGAGUCAAUAAUAAGAUCGAUUCCUCUCUCAUGUUUGUGAUUUGAAUAUAAAGCUGCAACCAGAAGCCAUUCAGCUUAGCUUGGCACAAUAGCUAUCCGAUUCCUUGAACUGGCUAUCCUGCCUCUGUCCAAAAGUAACAACAUUUCACACAAGCAACUCUAAACUUCACACAUCGACAUGUUGCAUCUUGUUUGUUUAAUCUCUCGGGGUUUAUGAGCCCUGUAAAUCUACAAUCUGUGUUUUUACGAACAAGAUAUAAAGAGUUGUGGAAAUAUGUUACCUUUGCGCUAAGUUAACAGCCUCUGUGCUAAUCUAAGUUAGCAGCCGCUCCUGGGACUAGCUUCAUAUUUAUUUCAAAGAUUUGAGAGGGGUACCAAUCAUAUCAUCUAAAUCUUAACGAGAAAGCAUAUCAAUAUAAUUAUGAACUCAUAAAUCUCAAAAAUAUCUAUUACUUUACAUUGCAGUACUAAAUCUAAACACCUAGUUCUUUUGCUUUGUCAUUAGUUUUGUUGUUGUUUGUUUUUCUUGUUUAAAGUGAGCAAUUGGAGUUCUCUAGCUUCUAUAGUCUUAGUUAUGUUCAUGAAUAACAUACAAGGAAUUUAUUUUUAAGAUAUAACAUAUUACAUUUUUUUAACAAAUACUAAGUAUUAUAAAUCUGUUAGUUUAGAAUGAUAUAUAUGAACUAUUAUAGAUGUAAACAUUUAAAUAGUAUUUGUUAAAGUAUGAAGCCUUCUGUUAUAACAUAUUUUGUAUAUGAUGAUAAUGAUAACACAUGAAUCUGUAACUGUUCAUGGAGUGCCACAGACCCAACAUGUAACCCCAUCAUUAUUCCCACUCAGUUAUCCCCCUGAAAACCCUUUGGAGUCGAGUUGAAUAAUUAUCAACAGAUGGCAUAGCUCGACACAUUAAGAGUCUUUAAAGUGCGAUUCAACAGAAGUCUCUAGGGAGAUAAUAACGUAGGUCUAAUGAAUAAUGAUCUGUCUACGCCCCCUCAGACAGGAGAAGUUGCACAAAACAUAUUUAAAUUAUUAUUUAAAAAAACAUUCAUCUUCAUCUAAAACUGUCCUAUGUAAGGUUUGCUACUUUGGCUAAACACUCUUAAAGGAUUAUUCCUCUUCUCAUAACCCAAAUACAAAAGACAGAAUAUUUCUUUCCUGGAAACUGAUUUUAAAUCCUAUUAACAGACCCAGCUCAACAAAUGUCUGAAGCAAAGAUAAUGGAUAACUCUUUGGGGAUUCCCAAUGACUCCAACAACAUACUGCAGUGAACUGUUUUUGUGCUUUUAGUUGUAAAGUCCUGCUGAGGUUCCUUUGCCUCUGGGAAGAUUGAUGUCAGUAUUGCUUAGAAUGUGUUUUGUAAUAAGUAAGAAAUGUGUGUGUGGCUUAUAAUUCGGAGCUUCUCCUGUCGCUCAGUCUGUACAGAGAAUAAAUUCCACAUAUGAAAAACAA